AUGGCUCAGAAAAGACCUCGUUCCCUCUGCAGCAAAACAAAUGAUACCUCGAGUCUGAGAGCGUGCUCCGAGUGCAAUGAUUUCAGUGAAAUCUACACCGAUGAUGAGGAGGACCCUGUAGAAUGGUCCCCUGGAGAUGGGGUUUGUCCCUCAUCGUCGGAGUUCCUGGCCCAGUAUAGAGCCAGUUUUGGGAUUUGGAGCCAUGCAGCCCGGUCGGACAAUUCUGGGUCCAUCGUUGCUAUCCUUGAGGUCUUCCUGAAAAUACUACGGAACGUUCCCCCCUUUUUCGAUCACCCGCCGAAAGACGCUUGUGUUAUGGGCGGAUCCAAAACUCCAUUGAUUCUACGGUCAUCUUUCCGCCUCGAGACAGCGACUGACAUGGACUGCGACCAGCACUGGAAGUCUUUUGAUUACUUGCAGUGCCUUGGAUUCGCAACACCCGUGGUCUACAAUAUCACUGCAGAGGAUCAACAAUCUGUCUCUCUCUCGUCCUCCCCCCUUCGUCGCGGCUAUCUGACCAAUAUCAUACUGGCAUGGUCAUACAUCAUCUCAUGUCGUUGGACCGAGAUUUUACAGCAGGCCGGCUGGAAGUGCUCCUUGUUUCAUGACCGAGAUGUUCCGUUGACCGACUGCUUCUGGGACAUAGUAAUACGAAGCCGCUGGCUAGCUCGGUCAGAGACCAAGAAGGGCAUACAUCACCCUCCAUGGAUGUUAAAAGACAGAAAGAUAAAGCCGGAAAAGAGCGACAACUGGGUGCAAGCUCCUCCUAAUUCAUCUCUCGCGUUUGAUAUACUUCUGAAAUUCUGCGUUGCGGAAGGUCUUGAGGCAGAGUUACUGGUUGGCCUUGCUUCAGUCCUAAUUCUCACAUCAAGAGAUAUACCACCGCCAAAGCUUAGUCCUCCGAUAACCAUCUCUCAAUCUCCUACGCCCCAAGCUCCACCACACUCGACCAAACAAGGCAACGUCUUUUAUAAGGUCUUCGACUCCCUAGACAAAGUCAUCUUUCUCAGUUCUACGCAGGAUGCUUUUGACUCAAUGAUUUGUAGCGCCUUCUUUGAUCCUUCUGUUGCAUGUAAUCUCCUUGGGGCUUCGUCCCUAGGUAUCAAACGAGUGUUGUUCCCUUCGGGUGAGCUUGAUAACCAGAGACUGCUGCGUGCCAUUGCCAAGCAGGCGCCACACCUGAGCCCUCUCUGGGCUGCUGCCAUCUGCACAAAUCAGGCUGCGUCGCUGCUACGCAUGUCCCUCAAUCGGUUGCCACCUCUUUGUCUACCAGCCGCAUUCUGGACGAACACCCUCCAGUCGUUCCUCCAGGCAACAUACCAAAAGAUUGGAGCCCAUGAUCUCUCGGGCUACAGAGUUCCAAAGUCUUAUUUUUGCCGACCUGCGGCAUCCAUACCAUGGCCACCUUCUCCUCCGUUUGGUUCAACAAUCAUAAAGAACGUGAGCCUGGAAGUCAAAGAACAUCUAGAGCACGGACACAGACCUCUAUCAUGGCAGGUAUACUGGGUUACUAAAUCAGGGGCGGACAUUCCAGCGACUGGGCGACACCAGAUUAACCCUCCAGGAAUUAACAAAGCUCCAUAUGCCGAUGGCAAGGAGCCUUGCGAAGAGUACCAAUGUCAUGAAAGGGAGACCGCUGAUGGGCAGUCAUGGAGUGCAACCUCCCGACUAUUCAACUGGCACCGAGAUUACGAUGACGGCAUUUGGCUCGAUGAUGGAACCAAGAGCAUUGAGGCUGUUCGUCAAAUGCAGGUGCAUCUGUGGAUUGUGAACCCGUUCGAUGAUAAUGGCCAGCAUGACCCGGUUGAAGAAGAAGAUAAAGAUCACCAGGUCCAUACGGAGUCUAUCCUUGAUUGGUAUGCUGAAGUCGAAAGAUGUCAAGAGCCAGAGAAUACCGCUGUUCCUUGA